UCCCUCUUGUGUUCCCUGCUCCUUGUCAGCUCCUUGUCUAUGCUGUCUAGCUGUCUUACGUUGUAUUGUUUUCUACCAGUACUACCAGUGUUUGAGUUCCUUGCUUUUGUCCUCACCUGUGCUGCCUGGACUUCUCUGUGCUUUUCGUUGUUCAGCAUUAAAACUACCAUUAUUCAUCAUAACCUGGGUCCACAGCGUCUACCUCAUCACCAAAACCCACAGAACAUCAAACAGGAUUUGACACCACAAUGCAACUCUGAGAGCGAAACGGAAUAGACUUUAAUCGACAGAUUAAAACAGAAGACCUCAACGACUCCCCUCAUUCAGCAUCCUCAGUGAAGACAUGCCACCUCACACAGAGCUCUCCAGUGCAUGGGAGUCAGUUAACUGGGGAGCUCACCUCCCUCCAUCCAAUGCAGCAGCUUGUUCUGAUGCCGCCCUCUCACUUGUCGACUCCAUCCCCCUUCCUCCUCUCCCAGAGUCCAUCCAACCAUCAAGCCCUCCUGCAGCCAAACCUGCUGUCCCUUCCUGGACAGAGUCCGGGUCUUCUUCAGCAUCAGUCUGGGUUAGCUCUGACUCCCCAGGCUAUGAGUCGUUCCGGUUUGGCUGGACCGUCUCUCGAGAACCACAUGGACAUGUCGCACCUGCAGAUGCCCAAACAUUUGUCUGUGGCACCACAGGAGGAACCCAAUGAUUUGGAGGAACUGGAGCAGUUUGCCAAAGCAUUCAAACAAAGACGCAUCAAACUGGGCUUCACUCAGGGAGAUGUGGGUCUGGCUAUGGGAAAACUCUACGGUAAUGAUUUCAGCCAGACAACAAUAUCACGAUUCGAAGCGCUCAACCUCAGUUUCAAGAAUAUGUGCAAGCUCAAACCAUUGCUGGAGAAGUGGCUCAGUGAUGCAGAGAACUCACCUUCUGACUCGAUGAGCGCUUCGGCCUCUCUGCCGCCGCUGAUGGAGGGCUAUGGACGUAAGCGAAAAAAGAGAACAAGCAUAGAAACAAACAUCAAGUUGACACUGGAGAAACGUUUUCUUGAUAAUCCAAAGCCCAACUCGGAGGAGAUAACCCUAAUUUCUGAGCAACUUUCCAUGGAGAAGGAGGUGGUUCGAGUUUGGUUCUGUAAUCGUCGUCAAAAGGAGAAGAGGAUCUACUGUCCUGUAGCUACUUUACCAGUCAAAUCACACAGCUACAACUCCAGAAUGGCCUCAACUUCAAGGUCCUACAGCCCUUUGGCUUCAGGUGGAGUUUCUUCAAAUUCAUCCCCGAACAGCACGAGUCGGGAACCGUCUCCCAACAGUCUAUCUGCAGCUUCAGUUGCUUUGACCUCUCAGGUCAACCCAGCUUCCUACAGUGCACCGGGGUAAAAUUAAUACCAUUAAAGAUUUCUCAUUUUUACUUUGUGAAUCCUUAAGCUUUUCUCAUGGUUUCUGUAGAUUUUACCAACUCAAACUUAAGACUUUCAAAGACCUAUAUCUCCACAGAAAUGUAUGAAUUUCAUCCAGCCAACUGGCGAUAAAUUGUCAUUAACUCAUAGCAUGCAUGGCUGAAAAAUGGUCGCUCGCACUACGUCUUCAGAACGAUUUUGUGUUGCUUUAUAAGAGCUAUAAAGAAAAAUAAAACGGAAUCAUCAAACUACUUUUUGCUCUUACAUACUAUACAAAAGGUUCAGUUUAGAGUGAUUUUAGGCCAUACUAAACAAAUUCAAAUAAAGUAAAUGCCAGAUUUUAUGUCUCUCCUACUACAGUUUAACAUGAAUGGAUGACAACCAGCUGUUGACAUGGCAACUGUGCCAUGCCAAUAAAUCAAUAUUUAAUCU